AUGUUUUCAAAUAAAAAAAUUGUAGAAAAUAUAAUUAAUUGUUUACCAAAUACUGUUGAUUUUGGUUUUACAACUGUCAAUAUUCGUUUCAUCAAUAAAACGAAUAAUUAUUUAAUUUUUACAUCACAAAAUGGAAUUGUUUUUCCUUUUUUAACAUCUGAUAAUCAUUAUAAAUGCUUACCACAUAUAAAAUUUCCAACUAAUUCUGGUAAAGUAACAAUUGUUAAAGUACAUGAAAAAUUAAACUGUAUUGGUAUCGGUUUUGAUAGUGGAAUAGUGCAUAUAUUAAAGUUAAAUGAUAAUUAUAAACAUUUGAAGAUUAAUAAAAUUCAUGAAGGAAGAAGUAUAAAUGAUAUAGUGUGGUCUAAUGAUGGAGAACAUUUAUAUGUUGGUGAUAAUUGUGGACAUAUAACAAUAAUUAUUAUUAACUGGAAUACAAAAAUUGUACAAUAUAAAUAUUUAUGUAUUGAUGGAAUGCCUAUUAUUAAAAUAAUAAUUAAUGAAAAAGAAGAAAAUUUAUUUUAUAUUACAAAUUAUUCAUUGGUAUGUUUAAAUUUAAAGAAUAAAAAUAAAAUUGAAAGAAAAGUUUUUGAUUUUGAAGAUGAUAGAGAAGAAUUAGAGUAUCGUGGAUUAAUUUUUAUUAAUUUUAUUAAAAGUAAUUUUUGUAAUGAAAUAAAUGUUAUUGAUAAAGAAGGAUUUGUUUAUAUUUUUGAAAUAUAUAGUGGAAAAUUAAAAAGACAAUAUUCAUUAGAAGGUUGUAAAAACAUUCAAAAUGGUUGUUUAAUAUCAAAUAAUGGAAUAAUUUUUAGAGAAAAUAAAUAUUUAAGAUAUUUUGUUUUUGAAGAAAUAAAUGGUGAAUUAAUAUUAUUUUUAAAUAGUAUAUGGAAUGUUGAAGAAUGUAAUCAUAUUUCUUCUAAACUUUUUAAUGAUUAUUAUGAUGACGAAAAUAUAUAUAAUAUAAUUGAUAUUUGUUAUCAUGAUAAUGAAAAAAUUUUAUUUUGUUUAAUAGAUCCAAGAAUGUGUAUUAUUUUUUCAGAAAAUUCAAAAAAUAAUUUAUUUAUGAACAAUUUAUACAUUCAAGAAAGUAAAAAAUCUGAAUUUAUACUAACAACAGAGAUACUUAAUUUUACUGCUUUAACAACAAAACAAUUUAUUGAUAAAAAAAUGCCUCAUGCUUUAGCUAAAUUAGAUAAAAUUAAGAAUGUAACAAGUGAAAAAGUUGUGGAAAAGUUUGAAGAAGCUAAAGAAGGGAAAUUAAACGAUUAUAUUGAAUUACCAGAUACAUCACUUAAAAUAAUAUAUCCAUUUAAUUUUUUUAAAAUAAUAAAUUACAAUAGAGAGGAUUACAAAAAUGUUUGUAUUACAAAAAAAUUAAUAAAAGUUAAAAGUUAUAAGAAACAAUAUAAACAGGUAACAUCAAUAACAUAUACAAAUGAAAAAUAUAUUGAAAAAGAAGAAGUUUUUUCAAAUCUUAUUAAAAUAUCUGAUGCAAUUAUCAAUAAUAGUCGUCCAAUAAAAAAUAAAUUAUUUAAUUUAUCAUAUGAAACAUCAAUAGAUAUAAAGACAAACUAUGAAUAUGAAUUAGAAUAUCAAAAAUUUUUAAUAAAAAAAUUACCAUUAAGUAUGGAAAUUAAAAAUAAUGUAGUAGAAGAAAAAUUUUCUCCUACUUCACUAAUUGAUAUAUCAUUACAUACAAUUAAACCAUUUUCAAUUUCAAUAAUAAAUAAUGAAGAUAAAACAAUUAAUUUAAUUAAUACAACAAAAUGUGAUAUAAAUAAUUAUAUUAAUUUAUCAUGUUAUUCAUCAUCUUGGAAUUUUUGUUCUUUUCCUUAUCAAAUUCAUUCAUUUACAAUAUCAUCAAAUUUUUUAAUAACAACAGCUAAUGAUGAAUGGAGAUGUGAUUUUAUAGAAUUAACAAAAGAUAAAAAAUGGAAAAAAUGUACUAAUUAUCCAGGUGAUAUUGUUAGAAGUAAUUAUUCAGGAACAUUAUUAUGGAAAAUAACUAAAGGAAAAGCUUUUUCACCAAAACAAGAUAUUCUUUUAAAUAUUAAUUGUAUUUUUACUAAUUAUUGUGACUGGAAAAAUCAAACACCAUAUGAUUAUAUUUAUGAUGUAUCAUUUAUGGAAAACGAUGGAUGGUAUCUAACAAAACAAGGUCCAUUUGUUAAAAUGAAUCUCCCUUCUAUGGGUAUUCUUUAUCAUGCUCCAAUUAAAUGUAAUAAAAAUAUUAUAUUUGAUAAAAUAUCUGCAUCAUCUAAUGGUGUAUGGAUUUUGUCAACAGGAAAAAAUACCAUUUAUGCUCGGGUAGGACUUCAUAAAUGUCAAAUGGGAGUUGAAUGGAUAAAAGUUAAAUCUAUUAAAAAAAUACCCUAUAAUAUCGUGUCAAUUACUUUGCAUGCAACAUUUGCUUUUGCUUUAGAUUCUUAUGGUUGUUUAUGGAUGUUACCGGAUGUUACUAAAAAGAAUGUCCUUGGUUCUAAGAAAGGAUGGUACAAAAUGUACUUUGACUUUAAUUUACCAAAAAAUACAAUCUUAAUGAGUGAUGUUAAUGUUUCAUGUAAAGGAAUCAUCAUUAAAAAUGGAUACAAGCUUUUUUAUACUUCCUCUGGAUUUAUCAAUGCUCAUCAAUUUUUUUCAUUUGAAAAUGAAGUAUCUUUUUAUGGUUUUAAAAGAAUAUCUAAUAUUUCUUCAAAUGAAAUAAUUUUAUUUCAUAAAAAUGGAGAUUUUUACAUAUUUAAUAUAUUAUAUAAAAAAUAUAAAAUUAUUAAUGUUAAUUUUAUUGAAAAUUAUAAUGAUAACAAUAAUAUUGAGAAAAAGAUGAUGUCUAACAACAAAUACAUAUUUUUUUUACAUUCUUCUGGUACCCUUUGGAUAUAUAAAAAAUCAUCUAAUUUUAAUUAUAUGUUUGGUGAUGAAUGGAAAUUAUUUCAUUUAUAUGAAAUUAUUGGUGAUGGUAAAAUGGUUACAGAUUUUACAUUAACAAAUAAUAUUUUAUUUUUUAUUAUUAAUAAUUGUUAUCUUUAUAAAUAUGAUUUAUUAACACAACAAACAUACUAUUUUACACAACUUCCUAAAGAAACAGAGAAUUUUAAUAUUUUUGUUUCAAAAACAGCUUCUAUAAUAUGGAUUGGUAAUAAAAAAAAAUACAUAUAUUAUUACUACUCAUUAAAAAAUGAUAAUUGGAUAAAAAUUAACAAUAAUAGUUAUGAUGAGUUAAUUUCAAAAAUAGUAAUUGGAAAUAAUAUUGUUUGGGGAUUAAGUAAAAAAUUAAGAUCACUAUAUUAUUUGGAGAAUUUUGAUGAGACUUCUAAUCCCAAAGGAGAUAAAUGGAGAAAAGUUAUUGAUAUUACAAUCUUAGAUAUUGCAUUAAAUUUAGAUGAUGGAAAUGAACUUAUAAUAUUAGAUAAAAAAGGAAUAUUAAAAAAACAUGAUAUUAUAUCAUUUCAUAUACCAUUCAAUGAAUCAUUGAAUUUUACAUUACCAUUAUCUGAAAAGUCAAUUAUUUAUCAAGAGUACAUCUCAUCAUUUAAUAUAAAUUCAAGUCCACUUAAAAAUAACAUUCAAUCACAAGAUAUUAAUAUUGAUGAUGAUACUUUAAAUUCUAUCUCCAUUAAUUCAUUCCUUCAAAUAGUACCAAAAUUUGCACGAAAAACUAUUUCUGGAGUUACUUCAAAGAUUUUUAACCAUUAA